GCGUUCGGUCGUCAUCUCGCCCGCAGUCGUUCGUCGUCGCGUAGUUUUUUCUGUUCCGUGCGUGCCAGGAAAAGUAGCCUAAAAUCGUAAAAAUUGUCCAAAUCCGUGUCCCGGUUCGAGUGUUCCUGAUCCGCUGAGGAAGGAUACAAUGUUUCACAGUUGAUUGCAGCUUAUUUGGUGCAAAAAAUCAAGCGCAAGCUCGCAGCAGAGCGAGCCAGGAAAAAAGUUAUCGUUCAGCCUUUGUGCGUUCUCUUGAUUGAGUGUUCCGCAGUCGUGGUUUUUCAGUUCGUCCAACAUAGGAAGAGAUAAACCAGGAGGGACUAGCAGAUGAUGUCGAAUCCAUCUCAAUACUAUGGAAUGGCGAACGGGUUUCCUCCAGCGACAAAUGGCCCCCAACAGCAGCAGAACCAUUUACCGCCAACGUCACAGCAGCAGGUUCUACCAGCACAGCAACAGUAUCCCACAAAGAAUGUCGUGAUGAAUGGCCCUUCGCAGUAUCCACCAAUAAUGGCCGGUAGUGCUCCGCAGUAUGUAGCACCUCCAACAUCUGGGGCCACGGUUCCAUUGCAAAAUGGACCUCCGAUGACGCAAAAACCACUAUUCAAUACUCAGUUGCCACAGCCGAACAAUCGGGUUGCGAAUCUAGUUUCAAAUGGCAACAGUGCUACCUCAUCGAGAACGGCGUCGCCAGCUCUAGUUAACAAUAAUAUCCCAGCGUCGCAGUUGCCACCGUCGAUCACUAACCGGGCAGGCAGCUAUCCGACGCCGUCUAGUCAAAGUCAACAGACUGCUAUGCCUCCAACUAAUCACCAUACUAUGAGCUCUAACAAUAACUGGACGAGUGGGAUUCCAGCAAAUACGGUUAAUACGCCACCCAAGACCGCAUCUGGCUUAUCAACUCCACUAAAUGCCUCCACUCCAACGUUGGGACAGGCCCCUUUGAAUGGCCCGGUUAGCAAUCUUACAGCCAGCAUGCAAAACUUGAGUGUCAAUCGACCACUCUCUGCUCAACAGCAGACAAAUCAAGUGAAUGGGUCAGGAGCUCCACAGCCACCAACAUCUAGCAGUAGCUAUACUAAUCUACAUCAACUGGGUCAAUUGCCACCUGUGCAGCAGAAAAAUGUUCCACAAACCACCAGCAGUAUACCGCCAACAUCGACAGCAUAUGCCCAGCAACUACCACUAACCAAUCAACAGGGACGACCUAUCAACGGCAACUACGUACCCAAUUCGCAAAUGCCUCCACAAAUUCAGCAGCAGAAUGUCGCCCCUGCAAGUAGUGCCGCACAGUCUUAUCCGGGCAUGCCUCCGAUCUCUUCCGCCGCUCCCAUGGCAACAGCGACUUCAGCCAUCAGCAAGAGGCCUUUGUAUCCCUCUCAAACAAUGCCUCCAAUGCCAACAUCCCAGGCAAACAGCUACUAUCCAAAUCAACAACAACCACAACAACCACCAAUGCCCGGAAUGCAUCAAAAUCAACAAUUCCAGCAGCAGCAGCAACAGUAUCAACAACCCCAUCAACACAGCCAUCUUCCACAUCAACAUCAUCACCAUCAUCAACAGCAGCAACAACAGCAGCAGCAGCAGCAACAGCAGCAGCAGCAACAAUUACAACAACCAUACGGUGCUAACUACCAACAGCAGCAACAGCAAACGGAUCCGCAGCACAGCGUAGUGAGGAGUGGUUUUAACCGGCUUUGGGGUAACAACACGGUAGAUCUACUCCAGAACCGGCAUAUCUUACCAACGGAAAAGGUUCGACCGCCACCGAUUCAUCUCAACCAUCCGUUCCAGGAGGCGGUCAACUGUAAUCCAGAUAUUUUCCGAUGUACACUAACGAAAAUCCCGGAAACGAAUCAACUGCUUCAGAAAUCGAGACUUCCGCUCGGUGUGCUCAUACACCCGUUUAGGGAUCUAAAUAAUCUGCCGGUGAUAUCCUGCAAUACGAUAGUGCGAUGUCGGGCGUGUAGGACCUAUAUCAACCCGUUCGUGUACUUUGUCGACAGUAAAAAGUGGAAGUGUAAUCUGUGCUACCGGGUUAAUGAGUUACCGGAGGAGUUCCAGUAUGAUCCUGUCACGAAAACCUACGGUGAUCCAACUCGUCGACCGGAGAUCAAGUCCAGCACGAUUGAAUUCAUCGCUCCUGCUGAGUACAUGCUACGACCUCCUCAGCCAGCGAUAUACCUAUUUCUGCUAGAUGUGUCUUCGCUGGCCCAGCAAACCGGCUACUUACACACGGUGUGCAGCACGUUAAUCGAGCAGCUCGAGAAUCUACCGGGUGAUGCACGGACCCAGGUCGGCUUCGUUGCGUACAACAGUUCGAUCCACUUCUACAACAUUGCCGAGGGCUACAAUCAACCUCACGAGGUUACGGUUCUGGAUGUGGACGAUGUGUUCCUGCCGUAUCCGGAUAACUUACUGGUCAACUUGAAAGAAUGCAAGGAAUUGAUCAAGGAUCUGCUGAUGCAGCUACCGACACGUUUCGAUCAUGCUCACGAUACGCACAGUGCGCUAGGUGCGGCGUUGCAGGUGGCUUUCAAACUUAUGAGUGCUUGUGGUGGUCGAGUCACGGUGUUCCAGUGCUGUUUGCCUAACUAUGGACCGGGAGCACUGCAGUCACGGGAGGACCCCAACAACCGUUCUUCAAAGGAUGUAGCCCAUCUGGGACCAGCAACAGACUUCUACAAGCGACUAGCCUUAGAUUGCUCUGCUCAGCAGAUUGCUGUUGACUUGUUCUUGUUAAAUAAUCAGUACUGUGAUGUAGCAACAAUUUCUGGAAUAAGUAAAUUUAGUGGCGGAUGCAUGCAUCAUAUUCCGCUGUUUAGUGCUACGAAACCACAGCUAGUGAAAACGCUGCAGAAGUGUUUCGAGCGCUAUCUGAGUCGUAAGAUCGGUUUUGAGGCCGUUAUGCGGGUACGCUGUACUCGAGGUUUGGCGAUUCACACAUUCCACGGUAACUUCUUUGUGCGGUCAACGGAUCUGCUGUCGCUGCCGAAUGUCAAUCCGGAUGCUGGGUUUGGCAUGCAGAUCACCUAUGACGAGAGUUUAGCCGACGUCAAAUCGGUGUGCUUCCAGGCAGCUCUACUGUACACUAGCAGCAAAGCUGAACGGCGCAUCCGAGUCCAUACGCUGUGCUUACCGGUCACGGCGAGUCUGUCGGAAGUUAUGUAUUCUGCCGAUUCGCAGUGUAUCGUUGGCCUGUUGGCCAAGAUGGCCGUGGAUCGUUCACUGACCUCCAGUCUGUCCGAUGCCAGAGAUGCCUUUAUCAAUGCAACCGUCGACAUCUUCACUGCGUUCAAGAUCGCACAGAAUUUACCGCAGAAUUCUGGUUCCAUUGUGGCACCGGAGAAUCUCUCCCUUCUGCCGUUGUAUAUUCUGGCCCUGCUGAAACACACCGCCUUCCGGGUAGGAACCAGUACCCGUUUGGAUGACCGAGUGGUUGCAAUGAGCGAGAUGAAGACGAUGCCACUGGACCAGCUGAUCCGGUAUAUGUAUGCGGAUUUUUACGUUCUCGACAGUCUGUUCCACAGUGCACACGAGGGAGCAGAUGGCGAACCGCAACUGGUGGAACCGCCACGGUUACAGCUUUCGGCUGAGAAGUUCGAUUCACGAUCGAUGUUCCUACUGGACUGCGGUCCUUACAUGUUCAUGUACGUAGGAUCUAAUGUACCACCUGCUAUUCUGAACGAUGUUCUCGGAGUGAACGACGUUUCGGAGAUUCCGGACUUUUGUAUCGAGUUGCCCAGCAGGGAGACUCCCGCCAGCGAGGCACUGUUUGCAUUUAUCGACGCCAUCAACGAAGAGAAACCGUAUUCUACUUACAUACAGGUCAUCAGAGAUACGAGUCAAUUCCGUUCGUUUUUCGUGGAGAAGUUUGUCGACGACAAAAACCAGAGUUCACUUUCGUACUAUGAGUUCUUACAGCAUCUUAGAACUCAGGUGAAGUAGAGUGGGUAAUAGAUAUGUUUAACUGUUAGAAGUUGAAUGUAGGACCGGGCGGAGAGAUUUUUUAUUAGGUAAGUACUACAGCAACACACAUUGUAGGUGCAUUAGUGGGUGGAGCGGUUGGGCCGAUCAUUUUAUCCUUUUGCGGAAACAGGACAUAAAGAUGUAGCAAAUGAUGUAUAAUAUAAAAAUAUAGCGAGAGUAAUUAAAAUAAUCUAGCUAAUCAAUGGUUGCAAAUGUAAAGUGAAACAAUAAAAUUAUAUAUUUAAACUGAAACAUUAUCGUAGGUAAACCCAAGGCAAUUCAACACAAUGAUUUUCGACGACUGCGAACGUUUACUUUCUAUGAUUGUAAUAAACACUAGGGUAAUGAAAGGAAAUCAAAUGUAAUCAAUUGAUUGAAGCCGUAAGAUGUAUCCCCUAAUAUAAAGCAAAUAAAUUUACAACGUUUUCUAUAGUUUACCUUUUCGAUGCAAAUCGCGUGUUUCGGAGAAAGUUAUUUCAAAACAGUCUACCUUAUCAUCGAAAGUUCAAGAACCGAAUUUUGAAUUUGAAAUUGCGAUACUUUGAAAUUACUCCAAAAAAGUUUUAUCCCUCAGCGAUAGAAACGCGUAGUUAUAGACAAAAGCAAAAAAAAAGAGCGUUCACAACUUUUAAGCACCUAGGGCUUAUCUAGUUUCUGCUUAAAGCAAAUUGAUUCUACCUAACUACGAUAGAGGCAUCUUCAAAUUUUGUAUUCACACUUUCGUUAAUUGUAAUCGUGGAUUAAUUUAGCAUAUCACAGUGUGCUCUACAGGAAUAAAAAUGUGUUAGAAUGUACAGAACUAUUUACAUAUUGUUUACAUUGUGUAAUAAGAAAAAGUCAUAGGGUGUUGAUCCCAACAUUAAAAAAAAAACUAAAAUGGACGCAAUCGACGGAAGGCUACGCGGAACGAAACUUGCGCGAACGACUGGUGAGCUAUCUUUACGAAUUAUGGGUAAUGCGUUUCGAUAUAGGUUUUUGUAUAGUUAUUCUGUUUCAAUGUCCCCUUACAACUUUGUUUGUGUUGUUUACCUAGGUACUAUUGGAAUAGUGUUUCCUAUUUUGUGCUUGUACCAUUCAUUUCAGCAAAGAGUUGAAGGCAUCGGACAGUAAUGGGAGAAUGAGAGAAAACUUGAAGUAUUCCUGUGUAUGCAUGAUGUUGAUUAUAUAAUCAAUUCUUAUGAUAUGAGUUAUCAAGCAUAAUAAAUAAUGUAUGACCUCAAAA